AUGGCGCUCAGGAAGCUGAUGCAAGUAAGGGUCCCCAUCAUCAACGCAUAUUCUUUGUGUUACACAGAUGUAACACAAAGGAAGGAGGUUGGGGAGAGGACUGAUGCCAGCCCGGUGCCUCACAGGGUGGUGGAAACACAUGGCCAUGCUAUUAGCAUCCUGCUCAGCUUCUGCACCAGUUUCAUCGGUAACACCUACAUAGUCCUCACUUGGAACAAGAUAAAAAGUGGCCCUGGUGCUAGCUCCUGUUCUGAUUAACCACACACCAGAAUACCGCAGAACAGAAGGCAAGGGCAAGCGACAGAGGACCAAAGUCAGGUGCAGGAGCAGCUGGAUGACGAUAGAGCUUUUCCCUCGGAGCCUGGGCGCAGGGCUCGGCAUCCUGUCCUGUCCUGCGCCAUCACUCCCCAAGGGCCUGGCUGGGCCUCGGUGAAUGGUACAAUGGGUAUUCCCACUUCACAGGCGUGA